AGGCUCUGAUGUGACAGGUACCCCGUGACGUCACCAGCUCGCUCCAUGAAUCAAAAACAUGGCGGCUGCCAUGGAGCUGAGAUGCUGGGGAGGAGACUGGGGUCUGCCUUCUGUCCACACCGAGUCCCUCAUAGUUCUGGCGUACACCAAGUUUUCUGGGGCAAAAGUCACAGUUUCUCCCAUAGAUUGGACAUGGAAAACUCUAACAGCCACAGUGCCAGAACUGCUUUGUGGAGACUCUGCAGUGCAAGAACCAACACAGAUACUCAAUUUCCUGAGGAAACAGAGGUUUAAUGCAGACUAUGAACUGACAGCCAGACAAGGAGCAGACACCAUGGCGUACAUCGCCCUACUUGAAGAGAAACUGCGACCAGCUCUGUUGCACACUUUCUGGGUGGAUGCAGAAAACUACGCCAAUCUGACACGGCCAUGGUUUGCGUCACGCUCCCCUUUCCCUCUCAACUUUCUCGUCCCUUGUCGCCAUGCCAACACCGCCCUCUCCCGCAUCCUUCUAACCAAAGGAGAGGCGCCGCUGCACAGAAUCACUGAGGUGGAGGGGAAGAUCUACAGUGAUGCUAAAGAGUGUCUGAACCUCCUCUCCUACAGACUGGGAACAGCAAACUACUUCUUUGGAAACUCACCAACCAGUCUGGAUGCCUUUGUAUUUGGUUUCGUGGCUCCGCUCCAUAAAGCCAGUCUUCCCAGCAGCCCUCUGCAGAGCCACCUCAGACAGCUGGAUAACCUCAUGGGCUUCUGUGACACCAUCCUUGCAAUUUACUUCAGUUCGGACCACCCUUGUCCUCCCCCACCUGUUCAGGAAACAAUGGAUGCCAACCUGCAGAAACUAACUCAGCUUGUAAACAAAGAGUCCAACUUGAUAGAAAAGAUGGAUGAUAACCUUCGCAGCAGCCCUCAGCACAAACCCCACAGACCAGACCCCAAACCCAGUCUGGCCAGUGAGAAGAGCUCUACCCCCGCCUAACCCUUGACCUUACAAUCCCGAUCCAGCCUUAUGAAUCGAGGAGGAACAGCUCGCAGAUGAAAAGGUGCUGCUCUGAAUCUUGACUCCACGUCCUCAAAUCAAAAAAAUUGUCACAAAGCUGAACUGUAACUUGAAUGGAAAAUAACUUAAUAAUUAAUGGAAGACUGAAUGACUAUAUAAUUUUAAAGAAGAGACUUUUUUUACAGCAAGAUAAUGAUGAUAGAUUUCAAAGAUGUUUGUCUCAAAGAGAAGGAAAAGUGCAUGUGUGAGGUUUUUAAAAAGGUUGAGUGCAUGUAUGUGGUAAAGACGGAAUGCUAUGAAGUGGUGCUCAAUGAGAAAGACACAGAAAGUUCAAAGGAAAGAAAAAGGAAAUGACAAGUCCAGCAGGGGAAAGUAAGUGGCACUGUUUAACCUCCGAGUGGGCCACUUGUCCAUUUUUAUUCUUAACAUUUACACCUUUGGUUUUGUUUAAGGGAUAUGUGUUUUAAGUUUGAAUAAUUCCUUUCUCACCUAAUCAGUGCCACGCUACAGUUGAUGCACUACACAGAGCACAUAUUGAUAUUGAUAUUACUUAGUUUAAGAAACCUUGGUCAUUACCACCACCAAAUUAGCUCUGGUUCUUGAACCAGCUCCGUUCAGAAUUCUUGAAACCGUGGUGCUAUCUUAUGAACCAGCCCACGUUUCCAGCAGUUUUGAGUGGAACCCUUGCAAUCAUGGACCACAGGCUGGGAAAUUAACUUGUGUAAAUGUGAACAUUUACCAACCACUAAUUGAUAAAUGUUCAAAUUUACCAGCCACUCAAUAGUAAAUCAUUAUUUUAUGUCUGAAAUCUACCGGCCACUUUCUUAUUUUACCAGAAUUUGGCUGGUGGCUGGUGCUAAUUUCCCACCCUGAUGCAUCAGCAGUUCUCCAUCCUCUUUUUCAAAUAUGUAGAAUAUGACAUGCCAUCACAGUUUGCACCUCAGGUCAAGAAAAACCUGUAAUUUUUUGGUUCCAGCUGGGAACCAACUUUUCGGGUUCCAAAUGAUUUAUUUUUGGUCAGAAUGCCCUGAACAGUUCAAACUUAGAUGCGUGAACCGGGACGUAACCUGUUCUGUGUUUGUGGAAACGGGGUAUGUGGGGCUAGAGCUAGCACCUUAUGGCAGGAUUUAUUUAGUUAUCUUAUGUUACUCCAGUUUAUAAAUCUGUGUUUUAUCAUGGAGGAUCUCAGAUCCUUUAGCACCCUUCUGAACACACAUUAUUCCUAAUAUCCACUGUUACUCUGCACUGUAAAUUCUAAUAACAUUUGAAUUAAGGUAAUGUACAGUAUGUAUGCAGUCCUGACUAUAGGAAUAACCAAUUACUUACUUUGCUUUGCAUUCACCUCCUCUGCUUUGUAUAGCUUGUAUAGUUGUAAAUAGUUUCAUGAUUGAAAUCAAUGCAAUUUAAUUUUAUGUGAUUUCCUCCAAUAGGGCUGAUCAGCUUGUUCACUAUCUUUGCUAGAUACACUGAGGUAAUGGAAGGGCCUUACACACUGUAUUAACUUAUUCAUGCAAAGUAUUUGGCACUAACGUGUUUAUGUGUGUGAGAGAGUUUUUCCAAGGACUAUCAUAAACUAGUGUGUCUGUCAAUCACAUUUUCUUUGUUGUGCGAGAUAUACUGUGUCAUCAACAACCCACUCACUUCUGUUGCAGCCAUGGUCUUUCCACGACCAACAUUUAUUUUGUUGCACUUUUUUCUGCUGUGUUAUCAUUUGCUGUGCCUGUUUGUGUGUCUGUCUAUCACAUUUGGGAAUGUCUCAUUAGCUGCCUUUUGUUCUCCUUUAUCUUUGCAGUCUGAUUAUCUCGCACAGAAAUCAGACUGUGAAAUGAGUUGCCUUUGUUUUCUUGUUUUGUUCCCGUAUAUCCUCACAGCUCAUACAUUACUGAACUGAGUCUGCUCCAUGUGAUUCCUUUCAUGAUCUCUGUGUUAAAAUAUUAAUACUUGUAAAGAUACUUGGGCUCUUGCAACUUCCAAAAAAUGAAAAAAAAAAAAAUCACUUCAUGGAUACAUUCCCUUUAAAGCACCAUAUUCUGAAACUAAAGUGUUCAUUGGGGCGUGUGUGUGUGUGUGUGUGUGUGUGUGUGUGUUGCCAUCACACCAUGUUGUGGGACAGGCUUGUGAGGACCACAUAGGUGCAGGGUGCCUUCAUGACUGCCGGUGUCAAAAAGUGUUGUCAAAAUACUAACAGUGUCCUUCAUAAUUUUGAUACAUUGUCAUAGAUUAUCUUUGUCAUUUCCGUUGCCGUUGUUCAUAAUCUGUUGAUAGUUGGUGACGACUGUCUUCAUGUUACUGAAAUACAAAUAUGAUAAACUGA